AUCCUCAUAAUUAAAAAAAAAAAAAAAAAAACCCUUAAAGACAAUCUACCAACCUCAGAAACUUUACAAACAUGAAUAUUAUUUUUCAUAUAUAAAUAUAACUUUAUAAAGAACCACCCCUUUUUCCGGAAGUCUUCUGGGAGGAAUCUUUGGAGAUCAAGGAAAGCGACCACCAAUCAGAUAAAUAUUUAUGUUCCAAAACACAAAACCACGUAUUAUCUCGUAUAUCAGGGAAGAAUCAAGGAUAGGAAAAAUGCCCGGAGAAGACUACGAAGAGGAAGAAGACCAGAUGCCAUUGCUGCAGACCUCAGCUCUUAAACUCACUGGAAACGUAUGGACAGCCCUAGCACAUUUGAUAGCUGGAGUGAUAGGGUCAGGGGUUUUAUCAAUGGCUUGGAGCAUGGCACAGCUGGGUUGGAUUGCUGGCCCACUAUCUAUUAUACUCAUCGCAUUCUUCUCCCUUGUGUCUGCCUUCCUUAUCAGCAACAUUCACCCUAGCAUUACCUUAAACCACUCCUACCUGCAGGCGGUUCACACGAUUUUAGGAUAUAAGAAUGGAUUGAUAUGUGGAUGCUUGGUAUACUUCAGUCUAUUCAAAACAGGAGUUGUCUAUGUAAUCACAUCCGGAAUCUGCAUGAGAGCAAUUAGGCAAUCGAAUUGUUACCAUGAAGAAGGGCAUGAGGGUGAUUGUGAAUACAAGAAUGAAUACUAUAUGGUUGCGUUUGGUGUUGUUGAAAUAGUGGCUUCUCAAAUACCCAACAUUUUUCAUACGAAAUGGCUCUCAAUUAUUGCUGCAGCCAUGUCCUUGACCUAUUCCUGUAUUGGAAUAGGACUUGGGAUAGCCCAAGUAAUAGGACAAGGGCGGAUUGAAGGGAGCAUGAAUGGAAUCUCAACUAGUAAUCCAAGUCAGAAAGUAUGGUUGGUUGGCGAAGCUAUCGGGGAUAUUUUAUUUUCGUUUACAUAUUCAUUAAUCCUUCUUGAGAUACAGAGCACUUUAAAGUCACCUCCGCCUCAAAAAGAGACCAUGAAGAAGGCGUCCACUAUUGGAGUCCUUAUAACUGCUUCCUUAUACAUCUGCUGUGGUGCAUCUGGGUAUGCAGCCUUUGGAGAUUCAACUCCUGGGAAUCUCUUGACUGGGUUUGGAUUCUAUGAACCGUAUUGGCUUGUAGACUUUGGUAAUGCAUGCAUUGUUGUCCACUUAGUUGGGGGUUAUCAGAUAUAUAGUCAGACAUUGUUUGCUAUUGUGGAAGGAUGGUAUGCGGAAAAGUUCCAGAUAAUGACAAGGGAAAUGGAUGUUGGGAUUGGGAGUUUAAGAGUGAACCCUUUUAGGUUAUGUUUUCGAACUACAUAUGUUGUUUUGACAACGACAGUAGCGAUUUUAUUCCCUUACUUCAAUCAAGUCCUCGCCUUUUCAGGAUCAAUCAUCUUUUGGCCCUUGACCAUAUAUUUCCCUGUUGAGAUGUACUUUCUGUACAACAGGAUUCUCCCUUGGACAACCACCUGGAUUCUUCUUCGUAUUUAUACCAUUUUUUGUAUGCUUCUAACAAUUUUUACUUUCGCUGCUUCCCUUCAAGGAUUGAUUUCCAAAAGAUUUGGUUAGUAUUUUUCUCCAAAAUUAUAUACAUUACAUUUCACAAUACGGAUCCCAAGACCAGAUAACCUAUAGUACUUUUUCUUUUUCUUUUUCUUUUUGCUCCUUGUAGUUUUCAAAUAAACAGAAAUGGUCCCAGAGUGAGAAAAAGUUACAGAAAUAGUCCCUGUUGUUGUUGUUUUUUU